AUGGAGGUGCCCGGAGCUGCCCCUCAGCCAUACUUGGGGCUGGUCCUGGGAAAGCUGCGCAGGACUGUGGCAGCAUUGCCUGAAGACCCGAGACCUGGCCCUGGUUCUCCGUGGGAAUUGGUGAUAUGUGUGGCUCUUACUGCAUUUUUUAUUCUCUUGUUUUGGUGGAGAAGUGUUCAAUCAGUUAGAAGUUGGCUUUAUGUAGGAAGAGAGAAAAAGCUUCCUGAAAAGCUUUCUGGACUAAUUGAAGAAAAAUGUAAACUACUUGACAAAUUUAGUGUUGUUCAAGAGGAGUAGGAAGGCUUAGAGUCAGCUGUGAAGGAUGCCAGCUUUGAGAAGGAGUCAACAGAAGCACAAAGUUUGGAGGCAACCUAUGAAAAGUUGAACAGGUCCAAAUCUAAACUUGAGGAUGAAAUGGUCUUUCUAGCAAAAGAAUUAAAAGAAUGGAAAUCUAAACAUUCUGAGCAAGAUGAAUUGAUGGCAGAUAUUUCAAAAAGGAUACAGUCCCUAGAAGAUGAAUCAAAAUCCAUCAAGUCACAAGUAGCUGAAGCCAAAAUGAUCCACAAAAUAUUUCAAAUGAAUGGAGAAUGUCUGAAGGUGGCAAUAAAAGAGGCCUUGAAUGAAAAUUCCCAACUUCAGGAAAGCCAGAAACAGCUUUCACAAGAAGCUGAAGUAUUGAAAGAACAAGUGAGUGAACUUAAUAAACAGAAAAUAACAUGUGAAGACUCCAAAGUACAUGCAGAACAAGUUGUAAGUGAUAAAGAAAAUCACAUCAAGUCUCUGACUGAACGCUUGCUCAGGAUGCAAGACUGGGCUGCUGUGCUUGGAGAAGACAUGACGGACGAUGACUUGGAAUUGGAGAUGAAGAGUGAAUCACAAAAUGGUGCUCACUUAGGUGAUCAGCCAAAAGGAGCUUUGAAGAAACUGAUUCAUGCUGCUCAGUUAAAUGCUUCUUUAAAAACCCUUGAAGGAGAAAGAAACCAAAUGUACACUCAGUUAUCUGAAGUAGAUAAAACAAAGGAAGAGCUUACAGGGCAUAUGAAAAAUCUCCAGACUGAACAAGCAUCUUUACAGUCAGAAAACACACAGUUGGAAAGUGAAAAUCAGAAGCUUCAGCAGAAACUUAAAGUGAUGACUGAACUGUAUCAAGAAAAUGGAAUGAAACUCCACAGGCAAUUAAUAGCAGAGGAAAAUUACCGGUUAGAGAAGGAGGAGAAACUUUCCAAAGUAGAAGAAAAGAUCAGCCAUGCAGCUGAAGAACUGGAGACCUACAGAAGGUGAACCAAAGAUGUGGAAGAAGAAUUGGAGAGAACCAUUCAUUCUUAUCAGGGGCAGAUGACUUCCUAUGAGAAAGAAGCGCAUGGCAGUUGGGUGGCAGCUGAGACUGCUGAAAGAUACCUCAGUGAUUUAAGGAAAGAAAAUGUUUACAAGAGACAAAAAUUAAUGGAAAAAGUUUAAAUUUUUGAACUUUUCAAAAAAGAGCCUCUGCCCCGCUCCCGCCGGCGGAAUACUCUGGACCAUCAGAUGACCAAUGAAAGAGGAGAAUCAGGCUGUGAUAGGUUAACCAAUUCUCAUGGAGCACCUUCUGGGUUCCUGUCACCUACAUGGGAACAGCACCAGAGGAUGAUCCCUCCACCAGGCCAACCAUGUUCUGAUCCAGCUCUUCUUCCACGAAGGCAAGACAGAUUUUAUUCUAAUUCUGGUAGACUGUCUGGACCAGCAGAACUCAGAAGUUUUAACAUGCCACCUUUGGAUAAAGUGGAUGGGCCAAAGUCUUCACAAAUGGAAUCCAGUAGAAAUGAUACCAAAGACGAUCUUGGUAAUGUAAAUGUGUCUAAUUCAUCUGUACCUGCUGAAAGUGAAGCACCUGGCCCUGGCUUUGUUCCUCCACCUUUUCCUGCAAUCAGAGGUCCAUUGUUUCCAGUGGAUCUAAGGGGUCCAUUCAUGAGAAGAGAACCUCCUUUUCCUCCACCUCCUCCAGGAAGCAUGUAUGGAGCACCUCAAAAUUAUUUUCUCCCAAGGGUUUUCCCUUUCCAGCCACCACCUCCAUUUGCAAUGAGAAAUGUCUAUUCACUGAGGGGUUUUCCUCCUUAUGUUCCUCUAAGAACUGGAUUUUCACCUCCACCCCCACAUUCUGAAAGUAGGGGUGAGUUCCCUUCAGGGUGGAUUCCGUGCUCAAAUGAGCCUGCUCCUGAUCCAGAACCACGGCAAGAAACCUGAUGAUAUUUUUGGUCUCUCUUCAUAAAUAGUUUUGACUUAUCCCUCAUUUUCAGUUUAAGUAACUACUUUUUUUUUGCUUAAAUUGGAGCUUAAUGGAACUAUAAU